AUGUCGGGUAUCAAAUCACCUCUAGCACUUCUCGCCCUGCUUGGAGCCCAGCAAGCGUUGGCCGCGGAUGUUUCAUGGCAUGCUCCUAAUGCUACCGACAUCAACAACCUUGACAAGGUUUUGAAUAACAAUGGUGUUUACGGCUUUAUCUUCGAUUCCUCUCAGACACCAGAUAAGGAAUAUGGCAAAUACAAUUGGUGUAAUAUGCCACAUGUCCGUCCGAGAGAAUACCCAAAAGCUCCAAAGGGCUAUAAGUUACAUUAUGUAGAAGUUAUACACCGACACCACAAACGUACACCGUAUCAAUCCAACACAUUUCCACAGGAAUCUUACCCUUGGGACUGUGAUGACGAGGGCCUGUUUUAUUACGCUGAACCAAAACAUGGCCGAAACAGCGCCAAAUCCUACUGGAAGGGUUAUCAAAACCCAAUAAACCCAUUCCAGCCUUCAGGGUUUAAAGGAUCAUGCAGUUUUCCCCAGAUCUCUAAGGAAGGGCUGGAUGAUUCGUGGCAACAUGGACGUGACUUGUUUGCAGUCUAUCAUAAGCUCCUGCAUUUACUUCCAUCUCGGUUGGACGAGAGCAAAGUCUCUUUUCGCGUAACCAACAACAUGAUCACUAGCCAAGUUGCCGGAAUGCUGAUCAAUGGGAUGUACGACAUCAAAGGAGAUGCUCCUCUCAAUGUUGAGUCCCAACAAACGGACUCUCUUGAACCUAAAUAUUCCUGUCCGAAAUCGAGUGAUCUCUUUUCCGAUGCAAAGAAUGUGCCAAACACACCAUGGGCUGACCAUUUAACCCGAACAAAAGAGUUUGUGGCAGAGUUAGAUGCUAUUUCUGGCGUCUCUCCAUCCGACUCGGGGUGGCAUUCUAGUUUCGACCACUACUUCGAUAACUUAUCAGCUCGUCUAUGUCACGCAAAGCCAUUGCCAUGUAACAUCAAAGACACCUCGAAGUGUAUUACUCGAGCUCAGGCCGAUAAAGUCUUCCGACUGGGUCAGUUCGAGUAUUCUUACUUGUAUCGCGAUUCCAAAAGCUCUCUCCCUGCUAGCACAUCUAGCUUAGGUGUUUGGAUUGCGGAACUCGCCCAACACCUUCGUGAUCAGGUAGCUGGCAAGGAUGGAAAGAUGGUUUAUAGACAUAACGUCGCCCACGAUGGAAGUGUUUCCAGGCUCCUGUCGAUUCUCCAGCUGGAUGUUAUGGUUUGGCCUGGCAUGGGCUCCGAGGUUGUGUUUGAACUCUACUCCAAGAAAAAGGACAAAUGGGGUCGUGAAACGGAAUACUUCGUGCGAGUCUUGUUCAGCGGCCAGGUCAUGCGCAGCUCACACCCAGAUCUCGGCCUAUUGGAUAUGGUCCCUGUCUCAACCUUAUUGUCUUAUUUCGAUGGCCUUGUUGGUGAAAAGGCAAGGUUGGUGCCUGGGCUUUGUGGAAUUUAG